AUGAGGCGUGUGUGUCUCAUCUGUUUGGAUGAUAAAAAUAGGCCAGCAGCUAUAGCUUGUAUAGAGAGUCUGUGUCUUCAUGAUUUUCUUACUCUUGUAGAAAUAAUGAAAGAUACCCGCUAUAACUUAGUUCAACUUCAUAAGCGGCCCGAUUUACUACAGCAAUGCUGCAAACUUCUAAACUCUGAAUGGAAACGGAGCGAAACCGCACGGUUGAGAAGUCUCGAGGCAUCCUGUGAUAAAUUUCCUGUGUGUCUAAUAUUACUUCACAAAGAUGAUGUCGUUGGUCACUGCAAAGUCUCUUUGGUGAAUAACUCUCAGGAUGGCGUUAUUUUAGAAUCACUUAUAAUUGAUCACACCUGUAGAUCUCAAGGACUAGGAUCGAUGCUACUGCAAGCAACAGAAGAUUAUGUGUAUAAAAGAGGUAUUAGAAAUGUGUAUCUCACAACAAAAGGUCAGGAGGGAUUCUACUUAAAAAAUGGAUACGUUAUAUGUGAACCUGUACCUCAGUUAAAUGGAUACAGAGACUUUAACACGAAUGCAUAUUCAAGCGAAAAAAGUAAUUCAAAGUUAAAAUCAAGUGAAAUGAUGCCAGCAGGACCUCCUCCGCCUCCAAUGCCACCAAAUUUCAACAGAUUGAUUCCACAAAUUUUUUUGACUAUUCCUAAACGAACAUUUAUGAUGAAAAAAUUAGAGCCCUGACAAAAAGUACAAUUAUA